AAUAGGGUCGCACGGCUGAAGCUGCAAUAUAAAGUAAAGAUGCUCUUCUUUCAGCAACACCCAAGUAAGAAUCAGAAACAGGUUGACGAGUAUGAGAAGGUCUGGCAGAGUGGCAGGCAGGGGACUGCGCCCAGACAUGGCGGACCACAGAAACAAGAUCCGACAAGCCACCGAGCGGGGGAGGAAGGCUACCGGGAUCCUUCUGAGGAAAUGAAACGUGGUCAGUUAAUCUGCGGCUCGGAAAAGGACAACAGCCAAUGCGGCGUGUUCGUGCUGCCCCCCUGCUGGGCGGCCCGUGAGCCCGUCGAUAUGGUGGUUUGAUGUUGGAUGGAAAAUAAGAACCCCCCCCCCCCCCCCCCCCCACCCCCCACAACAAACAGAGAGGGCUGGAACAGAGACACCGGAACAGAGAAAGAGAGGGUAGAAAGGGAAGAACCAUCGACAGAUGGACUCUGUUGUGAUUAAAGAUGGCGGCAGUCUUCGCUGCAGACUACGAAGGACAAUUCCCGAUCCACAGAAAAGCGGCGGGAGUAGACCGCGAUCCAACACAACGAAACCAAAAAGCCAAGCAGCCCUGACGACUUCCUCUUCAGGGACAAAUGGAUGGCAGAGACAAACCGUCAUGGCGACGUCCCGCUUCGGCCGGGCCUUCUCGCGUCGAGGUGAAGAGGGGGACGCUGCGACCGCCGCGGCCCGAUGUUUUCAAUAACCGUGCGAUGGAGUCCUCGGUAAGCGGAUGUGCUGCCGCCGUACGUGUGAGGAAGACAAUCAAACUCAAGGAGUUUUUUUGCAGUGGCGUGAGCGGUGGUCUGCAUCUCGUGGUUGUGCAGUGCGGGCGCUACCGACCCGCGCUCCAUGGAUGCUGGGACCAUGAGCACAAGCGACAGCGGGGAUUACUUAGCGGACCUGCGAGGCAGCUUCACCGAGGACGCCCCUAGACCUCCGGUCCCGGGGGAAGAGGGCGAGCUGGUGCGCAGCGAUGGGCGCCAGUACGCAGGCCCGGGCUUCUCCUCCAAGUGCGAGGCGUCCGUGGCCACGCCCAGGCGACCGGACUUGGACCUGGGAUACGAGCCGGAGGGAAGCGCCUCCCCCACGCCGCCCUACGUAAAGUGGGCGGAAUCCCUUCACUCGCUCCUGGACGACCAAGAGGGCAUCCACCUGUUUCGGAUGUUCCUCAAGCAGGAGGAGUGCGGCGACGUGUUGGAGUUCUGGUUUGCGUGCAGCGGCUUCCGCAAGCUCGAAGCUCUUGAGGGCGGCAGCGAGGAGAAGAAGGUCAAACUGGCAAAAGCCAUCUAUAAGAAAUACAUCCUGGACAACAACGGGAUUGUUUCCCGACAGAUCAAGCCGGCCACCAAGUCCUUCAUCAAAGACUGCGUCAUGAAGCUGCACAUCGAUCCCGCCAUGUUCGACCAGGCUCAGACGGAGAUACAGGCCAUGAUGGAGGAAAACACCUACCCCUUAUUUCUCAAGUCCGACAUCUAUUUGGAAUACACUCGGACAGGAGGAGAGAGCCCGAAGCUGUACAGCGAUCACAGCUCUGUUUCCGGGAACGGAAAGGGCCCGUCGAGCUAUUUACCCACUUUAAUGGAAGACGAGGAAUGGAGGUGCGAGCAGGAGCCCGAGGAGCAGCCCGACCGUGACCCCUCGCCGGCCAACCGGCUCACUCAGAAGCUGCUGACGGAGACGGCGCCGCUGCGCGUCGCCAGCAGCAGGUUCCAGGACGGUCCCGAGUUCAGUUUUUCCAGGCUCGCUCCGUGUCGGGAGCCCAUCCACCCGUACUACGUCAACGCCGGUUAUGCCGUGGCCCCGGCCGCCAGCACCAACGACAGCGAGCAGCAGAGCAUGUCCAGCGACGCAGACACCAUUUCCCUCACAGACAGCAGUGUAGAUGGCGUCCCACCCUACAGGUACCGGAAACGCCAUCGCCGGGAGAUGCACGACAGUGCCAAAGCAAAUGGGCAAGUGCCACUACCUCAUAUUCCACGCACCGACCGGAUUCCGAAGGACAUACACGUGGAGCCGGAAAGGUUCGCUGCGGAGCUGAUCGGCAGGCUGGAGGCCGUUGUGAGGCAGCGGGAGGCUCAGGAGCAGCUCGAGGAGCGGCUGAAGAGAGUACGACUGGAAGAGGAAGGUGCUUACCCUCAGAACCACAACCCGCGCUACGCCGACAGCCCCUUCAGCGGCGCCGCUCCGAGGGACGCUCACGAGGAGAACCCCGAGAGCAUCCUGGACGACCACGUCCGGCGGGUCAUGAAGACCCCCGGCUGCCAGUCGCCGGGCGCGGGCCGCCUCUCUCCCAAGUCCCGCUCCCCAGACGGCGUCCCGGGGGCGAAAGGGACGGGACUCGGGGCGCCGGCGCCACCCGGGAAACACCCGUCCCGCCACGGCCUCAAGGGAGACGGCUGCCACCCACACCACCACAAACACGCGCAUCAAGUCAAUCACGCCGGCGCCGGGAAGCCCAAAGAGCCGGCGGAGGCUCAGGGCGGCUUCCCCGGGAGCGCGGAGACGAGCCAUUACGGCUCCAAGUCCCGCAGCUACGCGGACGGCGCCGGGUCGAACCCGGCGGAGCACGCGGGGUUCAGCAGCAAAGGCGCCACGCAGUGCAAAAGGGCGUUGAAGAAAGGCGAGGAGGUGCGGCCGUGUGACGCGCCGGCGCCCGUCGAUGAGAUGGAGAAGAACCAGAAGAUCCUUUUGUGGCUGAUGGAAGGACAGAAAGAGCUGGUUCUACAUAAGAGGAGCCCGUACGGGAGCGCCAGCGGGUCCAAGAGGCCCGGCGGCCACGAGGCUCAACCGUGGACCUCCGUGCAGCCGUCGCACCCUUUCGUCCAGGAUCCCACCAUGCCGCCGAAUCCCGCCCCCAGCCCCCUCAUCCAGCUGGAGGAGGUGCGCCGGCGGCUCGAGGAGGAGACGCUCAAGUCUGGCACUGUGCAGCCCAAGCAAAGGUACGUGAUGGAGGUGAUCCAGAGGGGUCGCUCGGCGGUCAGGCCUGCGCUGUUCCCUCCGCUCAGCACGGUGCCCGCCGUCUCCGACAGCGAGCUCUCGCAGUCCGAACACAAAGCCACUAAAAAGCAGCCGUGCGAAAACAUAACUGUGGCGUAUUACUUCUGCGAGGAGCUGAUUCCGUACCUGACGUCUGUCCGAGGGAGGCUCGUCACGCUGGGCCAGUUCAAAGAACUGCUGACAAAGAAAGGAAGUUACAGAUAUUAUUUCAAGAAAGUGAGCGACGAGUUCGACUGCGGCGUGGUGUUCGAAGAGGUGCGCGAGGAUGACGCCGUCCUGCCCAUCUUCGAGGAGAAGAUUAUCGGGAAGGUCGAAAAAAUCGAUUGAGGGUCACGUGCGAGAGGGAGGAGCCAAAAGGCAGCGAGCGACGGGCGGAGAGGACGUGUUUCAGACGGGGGGGGGGGGGGCGCGGGUGCGGAGAAAGAAUGAAGCAGAACCGAAGCAGAACCGUGGAAGUGGGUCCGGAGUCGGAGGAGGGCGAGGCGGCGGUCGCGAUGGACGACCUGUGACCUUUGACCCCGGCUGCAGUGACGCCGGAGUAGCGAAGGUGUGACGUAGCGUCGUAACGUUCACUAGAAUAAUGAAGGGACACGAGUGCUACUAAAGCUACGUAUUUUUGAUAUGACGCCUCAGAUUGUUUCUAAAGUAGCCACACUUGUGUCUUGAUAUGUGUCGGUAACAGAUGUGUACAGUUUGUUUUAAAAGAUAACAUUUUAUAUCUAUUUAAGUAUUUAAAAAGCUCAUUUUAAUCCCGUGGAAGCAACGUCAAAAUCCCUUUUGGGGCUGAAGUGUGUUUUCCUUUUCACUCCUCUGUGCUUCCUUAUGUCUGUCUGCACCUUCAUGGUUUCAUAUGACACCGACGAUCUGGACGUGGUCGUCGGAAGCACCAAACGCGCGUCUCACAUUAGUACUUAUUGUUCUACGGACAUUUUUCACAGAGUUCUUAUUUAUUGAUGGGUUGUUUUAUUGUGUUGCACUACUGCUUAUAGUGGCUGAUCGUUUAGUGUGGACUGCAUGUGGACUGUAGCUGAUGGCAAUGAGGGUCGGAGGAGAAGUUUUUAGACAAUUGGCAAGAGAAGUAACCCAAGUAGCUGCAAUGAUAUGAUUGAAAAGCAAAAGGUGAAAAUCUAUGCAAGUCGGUUCCCUGAUCCAAACACCGCAAAGGGCUUCUAUAUUUAUUCCCUCUGUAAAAAGUUGGGGCUGGGCAAUGUAUUAGUAUUGAAUCAAUAUCAUGGUACGAGACUUGAUAUCCUCCCUGAUUUUGGAUUUGGCGAUGUGGCUUAAGUGUUGACGUUAUAGCAAGUGAACCCACCAGAUGGUUUCAGCUCUACAGGCCAAUUAAUCCACAUUACUGGUUUAUCAAGUCAAUUUUUCUAUCAAGGUACUUAAAGGUGAAUAAUACUGCAUAUUUCCUGCAAAUGGUCCCAUUAGAGGAUGAACACUUAGGUCACACAUAACUCAAUUCAUGAGGCUGACAUUUCAUUUUUCAUUAAGAGUCCUGAUGGUGAAUGAGGGCUUUCACCUGAUUAUUCCGAAGAGGCCCUGAAGUUUCAUAAAAGGACUUGUCCACCUUUGUGUUGUUCUGUUGAUCCGAGGUCACGCGGCCGCACCCGAAUGAGCAGAAUCCCGUCCGAUGUCGGUGGACGUGCCCCGUCACACGUUCCCACCGAGAGGGUCGGGCUUCUUUUUGAUGUUAACCUCGCGUCACUCGCUCAGGUUGCUGGACGGGUUCAGCUGAGCGCUCGUCCGUCGCCUUUGUUCAUCGCGGCUACAGCGUGUGAUCGGUCCCCUUUUUGACGAUCACGUUACACCAAAGAGAAAGAAGUAGACGGAGAAGGCGCCGGACUUACCGUUCGCUCUCAUUUCCUUUUUUUUUUUUUUUUGGAUGUCAAAUAAUGAAAGGAGCAGAACGUUCCCUGCGAUGCACAAGGUCGCAUUCAGGACGUGACCCUCCAGCGCCGGUUUCCCCUCCCUCUGUUGGCUGAAGGGACACUAACCGUGCUGCUGGGGGAGGGACGUGGCGCCGAGGGUGGAGGCCAUCGGGGGGGCGGGUUGUCACCACGUAGCUCUUCACUGCACAGGAUUCAAUGCAGACGGAACACAAGUGUUUUGUUUGUUUGGAAUCGGGCGCCGGGGAGCGAAAGGACCUUGAGGCCCGAGCGCUGCGUCGCGUGUGUUGUUGCACAGAACGCCAGUGUGCGUCAUGAACAUCUGCCUUUUUGUUUUUACAGUUCUUACUUAAACCACUUUUAGCUUUAUUAUAUUUGCCGCGAUGUGGAGUUAUAUGUUGAGUACUUAAUCAAGUAUCUUGAUUCUCGUUGUUUAUUUCUUUUGAAAUGCCUUUUAGAGUAUUCUUACUGUGAAAGUUCCCUUAUUUAAGAUCAACAAACUGUAAAUAAUAAACAUCGGAGUGCCUUUAUUACUAUGCUAAUGAUGUCGGCUGUGUGACUUUCAGAUAUAAAUACUGGGGAUGUUGUUUUAUAUUUUUUAUUUUAUUCCGUCUGUUCUUUUUAAAUGUUUGUCACUGUUUCACCUUUUCCAUGUAAAUAUGUACAACUGAAAUUCAUCAUCGACCAGCAGCACAACCAGCGCCCCUCGACCCGCUUUCCAUUCAACGGAACCUGGACAAUAAACACAUGCAAUAAAACCAG